CGGGAGGAGUCGUCUAAGUACUCCUAGUUAAGUUAGGUCGACCUUAUAGGCAGUGACAAAACAGUCCCGCUUUUGUCCUUAGUCAGUCGUUAACAACUUCUCUUGCAGAUAGCAGAUAAACCGCAGCGAUGACAAGGGAUCCAAAUAAGCCGAGAGGAAAGACCUCCUCCUAUGCCUUCUUUAUCGCAGACUGUCGUGAGGAGCACAAGAGGAAACACCCAGGGACCAGUGUAGGCUUUGCAGAGUUCUCCAAGAAAUGCUCUGAGAGAUGGAAGACCAUGUCAGCCAAGGAGAAGGCCAAGUUCGAGGAGCUGGCAAAGACCGACAAGAUCCGAUAUGACCGAGAGAUGAAGACCUACAUCCCCCCUAAAGGUGCCAAGGGCAAGGGCAAGAAGAAGAAGGAUCCUAACGCACCCAAAAGGCCCCCCUCUGCAUUUUUCGUCUUUUGUUCCGAGCACCGUCCCAGAAUCAAGGAGGAGUGCCCUGGAAUCUCCAUUGGUGACACUGCCAAGAAGCUUGGCGAGUUGUGGUCUACACAGGGCUCCAAAGACAAGGCCCCCUACGAAGCCAAGGCUGCCAAGCUGAAGGAGAAAUAUGAGAAGGAGGUUGCUGCUUACAGAGCUAAAGGUGUCUCAGGGAAGAGUGAUGGUGGUAAGAAGAGUGGCCCAGGCCGGCCCACUGCCAAGAAAGCGGAACCAGUCGAUGACGACGACGAUGAUGAUGAUGAGGAAGACGAGGACGAUGAGGAGGAAGACGAGGACGAUGAUGACGAUGAUGACUAAGCAGUUUAUAUGUUAACGGGUGUGAAUUUUCCAAUGCAUUGUUCAGCUUAACUUUUUUUUGUGUGGAUGAUUCCAAAAGUUAUAGUCUGCUGUCCCUGUCGGUCUGCCUCUGUAGGAAACCAGACCUGUAUUCCUUUUCAAAUUCAGGGAUUUAGCUUUUAUUUGUCACUUAGUCCCCUAAUUUUUUUUUUUAACGGUUUUCUGCUGACCUCGGGUUUGUUACAUCUCGAUCCUCGUUGCUACUUAAAUGGGCAGCUAGAUAUGAAUUUCCUGUGAAAAAUACAAUGGACUGAAACUUGUGUACAGACAGUGGACAGCAGCAAAUCAGCAAAGUUUUAAAAAAAAUGUAUUGUUUCUGGAAGCACUGCAUAUGUUUUCUGUUUAGUGGUGCUGUUUCUUCACUGUCAUUUUACUACCAAGAGUUAUCUGUAGUUUGAUUAAAAAUGUUGGAGCCAUUUUUAAUGUGGAACUUUGAA